UGUAAAUAUUAUCACGCUGUCGUGUAUUCAUUUGGACAGUUAAAUGAUCAAGGAAGAACACAUGUAUUAUUCGAUGUAUCCUUGGAAUUGGGCCGACGGCCACUCUCGGGUUGCGUUUAGCCCCCGAUCAUCAUCAACAAGUUCACAGGAAGCUGAUUCGUUAGAAGGGGAGCCGACAGGUGUAAUAAGGGACCAUAAUAAGCGUGGGAGGCCAAGGGCUGAGAAAAUUUCAUCAUUGAUUUUGGAAGGUGCUCUCUCAACUAACAGCAUUAGAUGUCGGAUAUGUUCCAGAGUGUUUCCGAGAGAAAAAUCGUUGCAAGCACACAUGCGGACACACACGGGUGAACGUCCGUACUUGUGCGACUUUCCGGGGUGCUGCAAGUCGUUCUGUCAGAGCGGGCAGCUCAAGACCCACCAGCGUCUACACACGGGGGAGAAGCCUUUCGCGUGCUCCAUAGAAGGAUGCGACAGCCAGUUCACGCACGCGAAUCGUCACUGCACGGACCACCCGUACGCCAGCCUGCGGCGCGUCUCUACCCAGGAGCAGCUCAAGUCGCGGAUGGGAGCUAUAAAGGCCUCUACCAACCAGUCCGUGUCCGAGUGGCUCACCAGACACUGCAUGCAGCGUGAUGAACUCGAUGCCGUAGCGCCAACACAGCCAGAAAAGAAACUGAAACGCGAGUCGUCCUUACUUCCGCCGGCAACUUCUAUUGUGCACGUGCAACACAUCGAGGUGACGCCGCGCAACGAGCCCGAGGACGUUCCCAUGCCCCUGAUCACACAUCGAACUGCCGCCAACAUAUCGUCCGCUUCGUCAUUUUCGUCCUCAUUGUCGUAUGCAUCAUCAAUGACGUCAUCAGUGCCUUCCACCACGUCAUUUCCGUCAAUCGUAACCCCACCAAACCAGUACACAUCGUCUGUUCCAUCGCCCAUGCCGGCGCCUUUAACAGCUUUAAACCUCACAGUGACCGGAAACUCCAACACAACCUCUAGUGCAAUGGCCACCGAGCGUCCACCAAAACCUGUGGUGUCUCCGUCCAAGACAUUCUGUAAAUCUGGGCACAGGCCCUUUAAAAAGGAGGCUACAGAUAAGUGGGUAUCAGCUCUUGCCUUGCUUGAGCUAGCUCAGGGAGUGUCUUAAGCUUUUUGAUUCUUUUUGUUGCAGUAUAAGCAUACUUUUUAUACAAAACCUUUUCGGUCGUUUCACAUUAUUAUUGUGUAGACUGAAAGUAUGUAGAUCAAUGCCGACAAUUUUUAUGGCAUAUGCAUUUACUUUAAUGAGUAUCAGCUAUGAACUCAGUCAGGCCUGUCAAAACAGUUUUCUGGUGUAUCAUUUCAAGAAAUCAAAUUCUUUUACCUAAAAUAAUAAAGUAAGGUUAAGUGUUUGUUUUUUGAAAAUGAUUCAUGGUCUUUUGAAUAUUCAUAAAAUCAAAAGUUCACACAUAUAUGCAUUUUGAGACUUACUUGUUUCUAAAGUUUGUUAAUUUCAUAUUCUCAUAUUACUUUGGAUCUGUUUGGUGCUUCAAAGUUUGCAAUACACAAAAAUCUGCUUCAUUAAUCAAAACCAUUCCCCAUUAGAUAAUUCUAAAAUGUUUUUGACCAAGUGUUCAAAUUUUGCAUUUUCCCCAGUUCAGUUGCCAUAUCUGUUUUUGUAAAACAUUUGUUCAAGAAAUAUUUUGCAUAUUGAAAUAAAUGUGUUCAGAUUUUUUUUGAGAUUUACACCAAUCUUGCUUUAUAUUGUAAAACGCGUGUGUGUUUAAGUUUCUAUCUUAAUAGAAGGAUUCAGAUUUGAGCUUUUAACAGCUAAAUUAAAACAUUUCAUAGUAGUUGUGUUAGAGUUUGAUACUUUGCAGUGAUUGUAAUCUUUACACAUACUGUUGUGACUAUAAAUUGUUGUGACUAUAAUUUUAUUCAGAGAUUUAAAAUUUCAGUUUUCAGAAAUAUACAAAUAAUUUGUUAUUCCGUCCAUUGUAUGGUCUCCUUUAUUUUAAUAUGAAGCACUUAUGUGUAUGCUUUUAUGUCGUCUCUUGUGAUAAUGUAUUUAUUUAAAACUGUAAAAUAACUAUUUAAAUAAUUUAUCAAACAUAAUAUUUAUAUUCUAUCCUUUUUAUACAAUAUUAAAGACUUAUUUAUCUAUUGUUAUGUAUAUUUUUCACCAGAUUAUAUUGUCAUUAUUGUGUCUAUGUUUUCCAUGUACAUUUACUUGAUUAUGCAAGAAAAGAUGGUUAAUAUAUCUCACACUGCCAUAGAUGUGUAGUUUAAAUGUUUUUCAUUCUCGGGACGGGGGCUGGUGCUCCAACAUGUUCACAACUCUGAAACCAUUCCCUGUGACAGCCGAAUAGCGGGUUCCUUUAUUAUGACUGAUAAUUUUUUUUUCGCUAUGAUGCACAUUGUAUUUAUUGGAUUUUUUUUUUAAACAUUUAAAGAAUCAUUUGAAAAACCAAGAUUUCAAUAUUUUUAAACUGAAAUAUUUGUACCCGGCAUUCAGAGUGAAAUUCAGUUUGUGAGUAUUUGGUCGCCAUGACUGUCAUAAAAAGCACCAGCUUCCCCGCCCGAACCCAACAACCAGUGGAGGCUGCCAGAUUGUACAGUGUGACUGUGUCGUGUUUUCCCCAUCUCAUUAUCUCCCUUCGAUCUCUCAUUAUCUCUCUUGAUCUCUUACAUGUCCUCUUUUUUCACUUCAAUAUUUGUAUAGGGCAAAAUACUCAUGGUUAUUUUCAGCACUAUUUUGUUUCACGAAGUGGCUUUAUUUGGCUCAAACGAGUGUUUGUUCUCUAUUUACUAGAAGGUUUUCUGUAAAAUUUAUAAUAUAUUUGAUGAAAAAGCCAACAAUCUUCAACUCUUAAUAUCAUAAUACAUUGUUUUAUAUAAAAUUUUGAAAAAAAAAAACUUACAAAAUUUAA